AUGCUAACACAGCAACGCACCACGCAGAAGCACCCGCAGCACACUGCACCCUUUGAUGCUCUUGAUACUCCUUCACCCGCUGCCUUCGAUGAGGAUGGCGACAUCGCCGAAUUGAGGAAGCUAUAUGGAUCCAAGGUUCGCCCCAUCAAGGAUAUGUUCGAGGGCUGGUCGGAAGUCGACAUUUUGUACGCUCUCCAAGAGGCUGAAGGCGACGAGGGCCUCGCCGUCGAAAGAAUCGCUCAUGGUGCCGUCUCUCAAUGGGGCGAAGUUUCCAAGUCGAAGAAGACUCGAUCGAAGCCUAAGGAUGCUGUAAGCGCGUCAGCCACGGCGGAUACCCAUUCUGGCCCUAGGCCUUCUCGUGGCGGCAGGAUCGUGUCCGAGAGUGGGCGCGGCCGUGGCCGAGGCGUCGAUCGGGGUGGUCGUGCUCCUCGCAGCCGACCCGCGCAACCGGCGACCAAUGGUACCCGUAAGGAGAGUGGUCUCUCUGUGCCUACGGAAGAAUCGAAUGCCUGGGAUACGAAGAAGAGUGGUUCGGACACCCGAGGCAAUGCUGCGCCAGAGCAACCAGCUGCUGCCGCCGAACCCGCGAAGGCUGCCCCUCCGACCAAGACUUGGGCUAGUAUGCUCAGGCAGGCUACUGCGCCUAAAAUUGCCCCCAAGCCCAAGGAGGCUCCGGCUCCCAAGCCUGCCGAAUCGCUUGAACCCCUCCCCCCCUGCUGCUCGUGCCCCCACUACCAACGACGCAUCCUCGAUCAAGAGGAGGCUGUUCGCAUGCCCGGCAACCGCGAGGUCGAUCGUGCGGCAGUCCAAUUUGGCGCCUUCUCUCUCAAUGGAGGCGAGGAGGAUGUUGACGGAGAGCGUGAGGAGGCCGAGACUAGGGCCCAGCCUCCCGAUGACUCCCCGUCGUUCAUCCUCGCGCUUCGCUUCCUCCCGCGGCCGCGCAGCCUGCGGCCGCCCCCGAAGCGGCUGCCCCUAAGCCCGUCGCGUCCGCUGCCCCCGCCAACGCGCCUACUGCCCCUGCUGCCCAAGUACAGGCUCAACAGUCGGUAUCUACUCAAGUCAUUUGGCCGCUACGGUGCACAGGAAGGAGCGCCUGGCCUCCCAUCCCUUAACCAGCAAGGCGCGGCCGCUUCGAACCCGCAACAGCAGUACGAGAACUACCAGGCGCAGCAGCAGGCUUCGCAGGUCCCCCAUUCGAGCGGUGCGUUCAGCUCGGCGCCCGGCGAUUUCUCCUCAUACUACACGGCGGACCACCAGAACCGCGGUCCCUACAACAACUACUAUGGCCAGCAGUACGGCCAGCAGCACCAAGCGAGCCAGGGCCAGCAAGAGGGAGCUGGAGCUACCCAGCAGCCGCAGCCGCAGCGCGCGUUUAGCGGCUACAACAACGCAUCGCAAGCCGAUAACUUGGCCCAAUACCCCCAAAGCGGAGUGGGCCUCCACAACCAGUCUCGCUUCGGGGGCGUCAGCAACGAUCCUCAGAGCAGCGGGCACACUACGCCCAACCCUCGCAGGGGCAGCAGCAGCCCGGCGCGCAGGGCACGCAGCCGCAGUCUCACGCGGCUCAGCAAAACUACCCUUACAACAGCCACCCCUAUUUCAACAACCCUUACUACCACCAGUUCUACCAGGCCUACGGGCAGGGCGGCUACGGUGGGGCACCCUACGGCAAGGGGGCGUCUCGUCCCCGCCGGCGGGUUCCAGUCUUCGCUCCACCGCGAUAACAACGGCGUCAGCUCGGGACUCGGCGAGUACGGCAGGGUUGGCAGCGCGCAGUCGGGACACCAAGCGGGUCUGGGUGGUAGCUCGUUUGGCGGAAUGCAUGACACGUUUGGACGCGGACCCUCGUCGUACCAGUCUCAAGCAGGCCAAGGAUUCAACGCCCAGUCGCAGGCGGCGGGCUCAGGUUCGGGCAACGAUGACCUGAAGCCGUAUGUGGACUCCAACCACCUCCAGCAGGGCCUUCAUGGAUCUAGCGGAUACGGCAUGGGCGGCGCUAACAGCGCUGGCCAGCACGGCAAUACGCCCUACGGCUCCUACGGGCAGGGUGGCUUCGGCGGUAGCGGCUACUACGGCGGCGCGGGCCAGCAGCAACAACAGCAGCAGCAACAGCAGCAGCGGGGCGGCUGGGGCGGAAACUAUAACCACUAG